AGCAACCAGUCGUAUAUUAUAAAAACAUUUUAUACAAAGGAUUCAACAAUGUGAAAAAUAAUCGCUACACCGACAGUCCAAAUAUAUGUAUAUAUGAACAUGGAGUGAUCAUCGACGGUAAAAAAAUUCCAAUGGAUAUUGGAAAUAAAAAUGUCGUUCCAAUUGUAACAUAUCAUAAAGUGGAUGGAUUCACGGUCAACGGAAGAAAAGUUCCAGCGGAUGCAAACGGAAACCCUUUAAAUCCACACAACAAAAUCGGUGGCUCCGACUCUAAAAGAAACAAAAACGACAAUGACGGGAAAAAAAUUCAGAGACAAGCUGAGGGAAAGUUUAGUAAUUUUGGAAAUCAAGGUGCAAGCUCGGUCGGUACCGGGUCAAGUCAAGGCCCGACAAAAGUUGUAACAUACUAUAAAAAUGAUGGACUCGUGGCCAACGGAAGAAAAGGUCCAGCAGAUGCAAACGGAAACCUUUUAAAUCCACAUAACAAAAUUGGUGGCUCCGACACUAAAAGAAAAAAAAACGACUAUGACGGGAAAAAAAUUCAGAGACAAGCUGAGGGAAAGUUUAGUAAUUUUGGAAAUCAAGGUGCAAGCUCGAUCGGUACCGGGUCAAGCCAAGGCCCAAAAAAAGAUAACUAUGGCAAAUCGCAGCAACCAGUCGUAUAUUAUAAAAACAUUUUAUACAAAGGAUUAAACAAUGUGCAUAAUAAUCGGUACACCGACAGUCCAAGUAUAUGUUUAUACGAACAUGGAGUGAUCAUCGACGGUAAAAAAAUUCCAAUGGAUAUUGGAAAUAAAAAUGUCGUUCCAGUUGUAACAUAUCAUAAAGUGGAUGGAUUCACGGUCAACGGAAGAAAAGUUCCAGCAGAUGCAAACGGAAACCCUAUAAAUCCACAGAACAAAAUCGGUGGCUCCGACUCUAAAAGAAAAAAAAACGACAACGACGGGAAAAAAAUUCAGAAACAAGCUGAGGGAAAGUUUAGUAAUUUUGGAAAUCAAGGGCACAGCUCGGUCGGUACCGGGUCAAGCCAAGGCCCAACGAAAGGAACUACCGGAUCGACAAGAACAGGCACUGUUGGAUAUCAAUUUAGAAAAGAAGAUUUUGGUAUUGCAUCCGACGAAGAAAAUUAUGUAAUAAGUGGAAGUAAUAUGUGUAAUGUAAACUGCGACAAUAGUAACACAAACAAUGUGAACUGUGGCUAUAAUUACUCAAACAAUGAAAACUGUGGCGAUAAUAGCGAUGAAGAUACUGAAUCUGAUACUGAGUAUGAUACUGAGUCUGAUAAUGAGUCUGAUGAUGAUCCCAACACAGCUAAUUAUACAACAGGAACUACUGGAUCAACAUAUACAGGCACUGUUGGCAGUAGGAAUUGGUUAAGGUGGUGGUGAAAUAAAUUGGAUUCCACAGACUUGAUUCCACACCCCCCAAGCAACUAAACAACAUCAUAACAUCAAUAUUUUAUUUUUAAAAACCACUAUAACCCAAAAUUAUUAAUCAGUUAAUCCAAUUUUCUUUUUGUUUGGAGACUCAGUUCAUCGAUAACCUCAUCUUGUAAAAUUUGUAUUAUAAAUUAUACAUAAUAUGUACCUACACAAUUUCAAAUACUAAAAAAUGUAAAUAAAUACAAAACAAUAUAUACAUUAAAAAAUAUCUAAAGCAGGCCUAUAUGCGAGCGAUACCCGUUUACGAAUAUUUAAAAACAGAUAUACUUAAAAGUAUCUGUACUGGAAAACUUCCCCACUAUUAUUAUUUUACCUGAUAUGUAAAUAUUAGUGCUCUUUGAUUGUUUAUUUUUUGAGAAAAACACUUGUAAUAAUAAUAAUAACAGUUAAAUGUAAUAA